GUCAUCAGUCGUUGUUGGGGGAGAGAGGGAUGGAGAGAUGGAGGGAAUGAGAGAGGGGAAAGGACAGAGGAUUAAUGUUGCCGUCAGUCCAUUCUCAUUUGGAUGUUUUUGGGACCGAGGCUGAGAGUGAGAGAGAGCAGGCUGAGAGUGAGAGAGAGCGCAGGCUGAGAGUGAGAGAGAGCACAGGCUGAGAGUGAGAGAGAGCACAGCCAGAGAGUGAGAGAGUGCAGGCUGAGAGUGAGAAAGCGCAGGCUGAGAGUGAGAGAGAGCACAGCCAGAGAGUGAGAGAGUGCAGGCUGAGAGUGAGAAAGCGCAGGCUGAGAGUGAGAGAGCGCAGGCUGAGAGUGAGAAAGCGCAGGCUGAGACUGAGAGAGAGCGCAGGCUGAGAGUGUGAGAGCGCAGGCUGAGAGUGAGAGAGCGCAGGCUGAGAGUAGGAUGACCGAGGCUGAGAGUGAGAGAGAGCAGGCUGAGAGUGAGAGAGCUCAGGCUGAGAGUGAACGAGACCGCCGGCUGAGAGUGAGAGAGAGUGCAGGCUGGGAAUGAGAGAGAGCGCAGGCUCAGAGUGUGAGAGCGCAGGCUGAGAGUGAGAGAGCGCAGGCUGAGAGUGAGAGAGAGAGCAGGCUGAGAGUGAGAGAGCUCAGGCUGAGAGUGAACGAGACCGCCGGCUGAGAGUGAGAGAGAGCGCAGGCUGAGAAUGAGAGAGCUCAGGCUGAGAGUGAAAGAGACCGCCGGCUGAGAGUGAGAGAGAGAGCAGGCUGAGAGUGAGAGAGCUCAGGCUGAGAGUGAACGAGACCGCCGGCUGAGAGUGAGAGAGAGUGCAGGCUGGGAAUGAGAGAGCUCAGGCUGAGAGUGAAAGAGACCGCCGGCUGAGAGUGAGAGAGAGCGCAGGCUGAGAAUGGGAGAGCUCAGGCUGAGAGUGAAAGAGACCGCCGGCUGAGAGUGAGAGAGAGAGCAGGCUGAGAGUGAGAGAGCUCAGGCUGAGAGUGAACGAGACCGCCGGCUGAGAGUGAGAGAGAGUGCAGGCUGGGAAUGAGAGAGCUCAGGCUGAGAGUGAAAGAGACCGCCGGCUGAGAGUGAGAGAGAGCGCAGGCUGAGAAUGAGAGAGCUCAGGCUGAGAGUGAAAGAGACCGCCGGCUGAGAGUGAGAGAGAGAGCAGGCUGAGAAUGAGAGAGCUCAGGCUGGUGUGUGCAGUGGAUAGGAAAGGAUUAGAUGCAGGACACAGGUCAUCACUGUGCUACUGACAUAUAGGUGAGGAUGCAGCAAGGGGACAGGAUGCUCUGCUACUGACUGAAAGAGGGAGACCUUAGAGCAGGGGUAGGCAACUACAUUCAGCUGCGGGGCUAUUUUUGUUGGGGUGAAUGGUCGGUGUGUCGGAACAUGUUUAUAAUAAUCUGUACACCGCAAAUUGACCAGAACUUGUACCAAACCCCCAAAACAGAUGUUAUUUUAAUAGAAAAAUAAUUUCAUACCUUGAUUACAUUGAGACACGAUCACACAUUUCUUUAUUUUUAUUUGUGGGAGCAUUUCAACUCAUUUUUAGCUGAAUUCCUGGUGAUUUUACUGUAUAUAUAUAUAUUUUUUUAACCCCUCCCCCAAAAAACUCUUUUUUUGGACCAUGUCUUUUGCUCCCAUUUUUGUGUAUUAUCAAAACCUGACGAAGAUUGUGUCUAAGAGGACAGUUGACCUAUUGCAAGAUGGAUGACUCAUAUCGCAGGACGAUGUCCAACUCCUGAAAUCCACAGAAGUCGGCCGCCAGAGUCUUCUGUACCUGAGAGAGAUCGGCGAUGGCUGGUUCGGAAAGGUUCUCCUGGGGGAGGUGAAUGCGGGCCUCAGCUCCACCCAGGUGGUGGUUAAGGAGCUCAAGGCCAGUGCCAGCGUUCAGGACCAGAUGCACUUCCUGGAGGAGUCCCAGCCAUACCGUGCCCUCCAGCACCCAGCGCUCCUACAUUGCCUGGCGCAGUGCACUGAGGUCACUCCCUACCUGCUGGUCAUGGAAUUCUGCCCUCUGGGUGAUGUGAAAGGGUACCUGCGGGGCUGUCGGGCUUCAGACACAAUGACCCCUGAACCCCUGAUCCUGCAGAGGAUGGCCUGUGAGAUCGCCUCAGGACUCCUGCACCUGCACAAACACAACUUCAUACACAGUGACCUGGCCCUGAGAAACUGCCUGCUGACCGCUGACGUCACAGUGAAAAUCGGAGACUACGGCCUGUCACACAAAAAGUACAAAGAGGACUACUUUGAGACGUCAGACCAGAUGUACGUGCCCCUGCGUUGGAUCGCUCCAGAACUCAUAGAUGAAGUCCAUGGCAACCUUCUGGUGGUAGACCAGAGCAAACAGAGCAACGUCUGGUCUCUGGGAGUGACUAUCUGGGAGUUAUUUGAGUUGGGGAACCAGCCGUACAGACAGUACUCAGACAGACAGGUGUUAACCUACACCGUGAGGGAACAGCAGCUCAGACUGCCCAAGCCCCUGCUCAAAAUACCCUUGGCAGAGCGCUGGUAUGAGGUGAUGCAGUUCUGCUGGCUCCAACCAGACCAGAGGCCCAAUACAGAGGAGGUCCACCUGUUACUCAGCUACCUGUGUGCCAAGGGGGCCAGCGAGGCCGAGGAGGACUUCGAGAGACGCUGGAACUCCCUGCGUCCCAACCCCAACGCCGACCAACGAAGCAGCAGCCUUCAUCACGGGGCCGGAGCCCUGGCCACUGACCUCCCCUCCUCCUUCCCUCUGUUGGAGCAGUUCUCUGGAGGUGACGGUUACCACAGCGAAUCAGGAGAUGAUAUACUGACCGUGACAGAGACCAGCCACGGUCUGAACUUCCAGUACAAGUGGGAGCAGACCCAGGCGGGGAUCGGGUCGGAGCAGCCUUACCACCACGCUGCCUCAUCCUCCAGCGGUACCCUGGGGGUCGUCAACCACCACUGUCAGGACCUAUACUACCCAGGUGGAAUGGUGGGGGGCAGUGGUGGGGUGGAGAUGGAGGGUCUCGCUCUGGGAGUGUCCCCUUCCUACUAUGAGCACAAGACGCUGCAUGUUUCUGGGGUCGGGGUCGGGGUGGUGCCGGUGCUUAGCGCCCGUAGUCCUUCAGUGAGCUCUGAGUACUACAUCCGCAUGGAGGAGCCUGGCUUUGACUACACCAUGUACUCCUACAGCCCAGACUACCAGGGCAGCCACGGGAGCUUCCUGACCAGCAGUGGCAGUGCAGACUCAAGGGAGUGUAUGAUGGGGAUGGGUCCCCCCCAGGCCCACUCCAAGCCUGUAGACUCCUACUGGUCAGCAGACGUCUGUAAAGAUGGGAGUGUUGGAGCUUAUAACUCGGACAUCUCCCUGACAAUGGAGCCCCAUGUCUCUGACUCCAGCCCCAUGAGACCAUGGGAGGCUGGUCACUACGUCUCCUACAAGGACCAGGACGGGGGGUACUACUACGAACACUCACCUCCCAUGGGCAUAGGCCACCACAUGGGUCUGGGGAUGGACCAGCAUUACCUGAUGGGGCGGGAACAUUCUCCCCCCAAGCCUCAUCUGGAGAGCUGGGGUUCCCGUAGCCUGCGUCAGGCCCUGGGAGAACUGGACAACCCUCUGGGGAUAUCUCCCUCCAUCAGCACCCAUCUCCAGGAUGGCGGUCCUCCUUUUGGGGUAGGCGACCCCUACUUGGAGACAACCCAGGGCCCAGGCUCCGUCAUUGGGGGUAGUAGCGUCACUGGCGGCUACUAUGACAUGAUGGGUUCUCUGAGGAAAACCACGCCGACCAUGCCAGACCACGCCCACUCAGUCAGCAUCACUAUGGCGUCAGAAGAGGCCCUCUUCAUCUGUCACCGGGACAACGACUCAGAUGAAGAAGAGGAUAUAUUCUCAGAGAGGCUGAGGAGCAGCAGUAGUAACCUCUCCAACCCCUCCGCUAACAACAACAGUCUAGGCCUGGGUCUAAGCCUUGGCCGUAGUGGACAGGCUGGCUGUAGACAACUACAGGAUCUCUAUGAAGACUUCCACUACACUAUGCCCACUACCGACAUAGAGGACUCGUGGCCCGAAGAGCACUGCCUGACCUUCCACUCCUCUGUCUCUGCUGCAGUUAAACCCAUAGACUACCUGGAGGCUACAACGGCUUCGGCUAUUGAUAGUGGCUGUCUAGUCCUGGGGAACCAUCAUGCCCUGGUCACUUCAGGGGACGCCUGUAAUACCUACAUCUAUUUGUGCCACAAGGGGGAAGGGGAGAGGGACGUAGAGCCGCCACCCAUCGAGUGCUGCCACUCUCAUUUCGUCGACCCCCUCACAGGCUUAGUGGUGCGGAACUAUACCCGGGACGACUACAGCGAUAAAAUUGUAGACAUACCCAACAACGAGGAAGAGAGUGUGAAUCUGUCGCCAGCACCAGGAGGUCCUAAACCAAUCCUAACGCACAACACUAAGACCAGCACAACCCCUCUAAACCACUCUGAGCAAUAUGUUGACAUCACUAUGGACGAUACCCUUUCAAUAGACCAUAAGGAAGAGGUUAGUACGGAAGACAAAGGUGUUCUCACAGACCCUAAACCAGAGGGUGUGACUCUGACUAAGAUUCUGACCCUCUCCUCAGUGAAUGUUCCUGACCUAGUCCCCAUGGUCGAGCAAGAGUCAGAGCUGAGCCAUACGUUAGACAGCUGCUUAGACAGAGACCACUGCUCCAGCAUUAGUCUAGUGGACAUCUCCGACUGCUGCACCGACGACGAUGAAGAUGAUGACAUCACCGACUCGACCUCAGAGAUCUUCGCCGACGAGACGUCGGUUGGGGACCCUGACGCUUCCCCUCCCCUGGUCUGUCCCCUCAAGUCCCUGCAGAAGCAGGUGGGAACCCCCAAUUUCAUGGCCUCCAUGGACCUGAUGCCUUCAGCAGUCGGCUCCACCUGCAAAGCUUUCAGCCCCUCCUCCAGCUCCUCCCACCCAUCUAGCUCCUCCCCCAAGGCAAUGGACAGUGGGUACGACACAGAGAACAAUGAGAGCCCAGAGUUCGUCCCCAAGGAGCCCCACAAUGAGCCUCGGGGCCCAGAGACAUUCACACAGCCACUGGGGGAGUCUGUCCUGGACACCAGCCUGGAUGAGGAGGGGGAGGAGGGGGGGGAGGAGGCCGAAGUGGCCCCACUGGAUGAUGAGGAUGAACCGACCCUGGAUGAAGAUGUGCCUCUAGCAGCCUCACAGACAACAGACAAAGAGAAGGGUCUGACCCCACUCAGUGAGAAGAACCCUUACAGGGACUCUGCCUACUUCUCUGACAAUGAGAACGAACGUCUUUAUAGGGAUGAGGGGGGUGACAAAGUAGGGGGUGAUGAAAGUGGAGGAGUGGAGGAGGGAGAAGUGGAAGGGAGGCUGACAGAGAAGAGGGAACUCAGCCCUCUUCAGAUAGAGGAGGAAGAAGAGGAGGAAGUGGAGACCUCAGCUCUUCUUCUGGAGGAGAGUGAAGACCCAGAGAUGGAAGCAUGCCUGACAGAAGAGUGCACCCAGGAUGAAGGGCUAGAGCUGGGGCUAGAGCUAGAGCUGGCAGGAUGGCCUGCCCAGGAGAAACCCUCUUCUCUGGGAGACUGGGCUGCAGAGGUGGUGGGGGCUAUGGAGGAAGCCCUGGGUGAACUCCAGAGGAGCAGCAGUACUGAAACCAACUCUGGUACGAAAGAGAAGGAGGAAGAGGAUGAAGGAGAGCAAAGGGACAUGGAGGACUCAACUGAAGCCUUAAAAACAGUAGACGUCCUAGAAGAAGCAUUUACCAAAAUGCCAGAGACCCUCGAGAAGGACAAUAAUGACGAAGAGAACAGUCUUCCCGCACGGCGUCGACGCUUCUCCUUCUCUCCUCCCCCUCCCUCCACCCCUCCUCUCUCCUCUCCUCUCCCUCCCUCCACCCCUUCUCCUCCUCUCCCCCCGAUGACUCCCCCUCUGGGCUGGGACUUGCCCAUGGAUGGGGUGGAGGCGGACGAGGAGGACGUAGAUGGUGACUCCGAUGACAGUGAGUCAGACGAGGAGCUGAGCAGUUACAGUGUUCAGGAGGAGCAGAGUGGAGGGGAGGAGAGCGGGGAGGAGAACCAUGCUGUACCCAUCGUGUUGAGCGACUGUAGUGAUGCUCAUAACCUACGUAGUCUACUGAAGAUGCCCACCCCGCUCACCACAGAGUUGCUCGCUGAUGACCUGGUGGAACGCAGGAAGAAAGUGGUGUCCUUUUUUGAUGACGUCACCAUUUACCUGUUUGACCAGCAGAGUCCCACUAAAGAGCCGGCUGAGCAUGGGUUCUCUCCAGGGGCUGAGACCAGCGGACAGGGUUCACUGGUCAAACAACCGACCUCUGAUGACGCCUCAGAUGGAAAUAUCUCAGAAGAGAGUGCAGUGUAUGAGUGGGAGGAUGACUUCCCCCUUUUGCCCAUUCCAACUUCCUCAUCCAAGAUGGCUGCCUCCUCCUCAGGCUCAUCCCCCUCCGUACCCAGCCUGCCCUUCACCUCUAAGGCCCCGGAGCCCAAACCAGCAGUGCGGUACUCCCGCUUCACAGUCUCCCCAAGCCACGUGUCUCGCUUCUCCAUCACACACGUCUCUGACUCUGAUGUGGACUCUGGUCCAGGGAGCAGUGAGGAUGCAGUAUUAUAGAACCACAGCCACCCAGAAACUGCAGGAACUGCACCAUAUAAACAUGUCUGAGCCUCUAAACACGACUUUUGUUUAGUGCUUGUUUUGGACAUCAGCUUUCUGAAAAGACAGUGCCUGAUUGUUUAUAAACACUUUUUGAACGGAGUCUGUAAAACAGAUGUGAAAGCAGAGAAUCAACACCGAUGAGAAUAUAUAAAAUACUAAAUGAUGAUAAUAUACACAUACACAGAAGAAUAUCUGUUUUCAAAAUAACUUGAUAAGGACAUAUGUUGCAUUCAACGUAUUUUUGGGAACAAAGAGAGAAACUAAAGAACAAACUUGUUGCUCGUUUGCCACCAUAGACACUCAUUAUCAGCAUGUUAUGGAGAACCACACAACAUUACCGCUUGUUACGUGGAAGACAGACAAUCAUUUUAUUGAUCAACUGUUUAACAUAGAUAUCAAAACAGAAGACACAAUUUACAGAAAACCCCUCUCGGAGACGGAGGGAGUGAAAAGCAAUUAAGGAAAGGACACAAUGAAGUUUUUUUUCCAUCAAAUGGAUCAGUGUUUGAAAGUGACUAUACCAAGAACAUAUCUUUGAGACAUGAGUUAACUCGUCUUCAUAAGAUAUCACAAAUAAGGAUUGAAGGAGAAUUUUGUAAUUCUAGUGUUUUCUCAAAUGAGACGGACCACCACUGUAUAUGGGCCUUAUGAUGUCCACCAAUACGGGUGCCAGAGUCACUAUUCCCCUCCAUCUGUCAGUAUGGGUCACUGUUCCCCUCCAUCUGUCAGUAUGGGUCACUAUUCCCCUCCAUCUGUCAGUAUGGGUCACUAUUCCCCUCCAUCUGUCAGUAUGGGUCACUAUUCCCCUCCAUAUGUCAGUAUGGGUCACUGUUCCCCUCCAUCUGUCAGUAUGGGUCACUGUUCCCCUCCAUCUGUCAGUAUGGGUCACUAUUCCCCUCCAUCUGUCAGUAUGGGUCACUGUUCCCCUCCAUCUGUCAGUAUGGGUCACUAUUCCCCUCCAUCUGUCAGUAUGGGUCACUAUUCCCCUCCAUCUGUCAGUAUGGGUCACUAUUCCCCUCCAUCUGUCAGUAUGGGUCACUAUUCCCCUCCAUCUGUCAGUAUGGGUCACUGUUCCCCUCCAUCUGUCAGUAUGGGUCACUAUUCCCCUCCAUCUGUCAG